UGUUAUGGGGAUUGACAGAAAAUGUGCACUCUCGAGAAGCGAGGUUCUCUCUUCGUUCUUUCGCUCACCGGCGACGACCAGCACCGCCUCAACUCCACCCUCAUCGCCUCCCUCCUCUCCACCUUCUCCCAAAUCCGCUCUCAAGCCAGCCCCGGCUCCGUACUCAUCACCACCGCCCACGGCCGAUUCUUCUCCAACGGAUUCGAUCUCGCCUGGGCCCAAUCCGCUGGGUCUCCUUCCGCCGCCCGCGACCGGCUCCUCCACAUGGUCGCUUCCUUCAAGCCGGUCGUCGCUGCGCUUUUCUCCCUCCCGAUGCCAACAAUCGCCGCCCUACCCGGCCACGCCGCUGGUGCUGGUCUCAUGCUCGCGAUGAGCCAUGACUAUAUUCUGAUGAGGAGCGAUAAAGGAGUUCUGUACAUGCCGGAGGUGGAUCUCGGGAUGACGCUUCCUGAUUACUUCGUCGUUGGAUUGAGAUCGAAGAUCCGGUCGUCGGCGGGCUUGCGCGACAUCUUGUUGAGGGGCCUGAAGGUGAAGGCGACGGAGGGAGUGAAGAUGGGGAUUGUGAGUUCGGCGCACGAUAGCACAGAGAGCGUGAUGGAGGCUUCGGUGCGGCUGGGGGAGGAAUUAGCACAGAGGAAAUGGAACGGCGAGGUAUAUGCAGAGCUAAGGAAGAGUUUGUACCCAGAAAUGUGUGAGGUUCUUGGAUUAACUCAUAGGCCUAUUGUAUCAAAGAUAUGAUUAUCAUGGUUAUCAUUUUAAUUAGAUAUUCAUAAUUUCUGUAAUCCAAUAAGGUGGGAACAUAAAUACGCUGUUAAUUUCAGUUUGAGGUUACUUCAGAUGGCUGAACAAAAAAAAAAAAAUCCUUGUUAUACAGGUUUCAGUAUUAUGCUUUGUUGAUAAAAUAAGUAAGUGUUAAGUAAGUUUCAGU